UAACACGGUUUACCUUAGCCAUGGAGAGGGAUAAUUAUCUUUUACUAAGUGCUUUGCUGGUCUGUUUGGUGACCACAUCGUCCACAGUGUCUGGUCAGUCUAUCACCAUAACAGGACCAAGUACCUUGGAAACACCAACAUCAGAACUCAGACUUACCUGUACUCCAAGCUCAGCCGGUAUAACAGAUGUCAAUAGUAUUGGUCUUAUGAAAAAUUCUAGUUCUACAGAUUAUCAAACAGUAGUGUCUGUUAGAUAUAGUAAAGGUACCUCAUCCUCAGAAAUCAGCUGGGGUAACGUUGUCAGUCAGGGCAGAGCGGGGGUGUCAGCCACAGGAAAUGUGGACACGAUAUCUGUAGCUCAGCUUGUGUUUACAAUUGCCACAAAUAGGACAAACUGUAAUGAUGGCGGAGCUUACCGAUGUUCUAUGGGAGUCACUCUGACUGGUGGUAGUGGUGGUGUAGCUGAUGCUGAAAAAUAUGUCACAGUUAAAGUUCAACCGAUAUCCACUAACGACAUGACCGUGUUUCCCUUCCCCAAUGUGGAGAGUGUAUAUUACUCCGUGGGAUCCUCAGUGACAUUCACUUGUACAGGCACUGUAGGAAGCGACAAAAAAACCCACACAUGGUGUUACAAGCGUGCCACCGACCAAGGAUAUACCGGUUACCCAACUGCAUCUGACAUUAAUCAGAAUGAUAACGGUUUGAUACAGUCCGGGUGUAACUACCAACGUACCAGUACACUUACCUACAAUGUGACAAAUGAAGACACCAACACCACGUUUAUGUGUGAACCGUUCACUGGAACCGUGUGUGGCUCUAAUCCAGCCUCACUGAUAACAUACAAAUCUAUCAGAAGAUGUAAGUAUUAAAGUGUUUUCAAAAUUCAUCAUAACGAUAUCAAUAAACUUACAGUAUGCGCACUAAGCACCAAUACUAUUUUUGACUUUAAAUAAAUAAUUUGGUUUUGAUAAAGAAAUCACCAAGCAAAAAUAUAUAAUGCCAUAUUUGUCACAUACGUGUACAAUGUGCAUGUAUGGUAAAUCUAUAGAACAUAUAUGUUAUACAUGGUAAAUGUAUGAAACAUACAUGUCAUAUAUGGUAAUUAUAUGGAACAUAUAUGUUAUACAUGGUAAAUCUAUGAAACAUACAUGUUAUAUAUUGUAAUUUUGAAUUUAUAUCUCAAAUACUUGUGUUUUCAUCAUUAUAUAAAUCAUUUGACCAUGAUAUGAUUUGAGUUGAUUUUAGUAUAAUAUGAUGUCAUCAUUACCUUAUUUCGUUUUACCUGUAUGUAUAUAAUUAGGGUUGGUCAAUGUGUUAUCAUGGUUUUAUUUUGUUUCUCCAAUACGCUAGUUGAUCUUUGCCGUUUGAUAUUCUUUCAUUAUUAUUUUAUUUGAAUGUGCAUUACUUCAUUUCACCAUUAUAUGAUUUUUGUUGUAUAAUUGUAUGAUUUGAUUUCGCCAAUAUCUCAUUAUUAAAUUAAUAAAAUAUAUAUAUACAAAUUAUAGUCAUGAUAUUUGUAUACGCUAUCGCAAACCACAUGAUUUCCACUUAUCACAAUAUUGAUUGUGGCAUUGUGAUACCUCUUUGUUGUGAUAUUUCAUUUUUUUGAACCAGACAAAUUUUAAAUGAAGCAUAUUGUAAGUAAAAAUAUAAUGUUCCUUUUGAUAUGGUCCAACAUGAAAUCCCUGUUAGUUUAUAUAUGUACUUACUUGUUUAUUAAGAUAUUACAGGGGCGUAUCUAGACCAAUGCUCAUUAUGAUCAUUACUUAUAUCUUAUUCGAUUGUUAAUUGAGAUAUUGGCCCUGACACGCCCGAUCCGAUUUUGUUAUGUGUAAGCCCGGGCCUUUCUUUUUAUGGACGCUACUACGCCUGCGUGUUAACGAAGGUAAGUGUCUUUACUCGAUAUCUGGACAAUUCAUUAACGUCCGUAAUUAUCGCUAUUGCCUGAUAUCGCCCCUUCAACCUGAGCAGGUAAGAUUUUGCAUUUCUCUAUUAAAAAACAUCACCUUCCAUGUGCUGGUCAGACUACAACAGAAGGGUAAUGCUCACAAUAACGUCGUGCGCAAUUACAAUUUGUCAAACCAGAGGCGUUUAUAUAUGAUAUACAAGUCUCUGGUCAAACAAGAACAACAAUUAGCCAAAGAUUGAAUGUCGAAGAGUAAUACCGACAAAAACUCGUAGUCAUACGGCUAAUGUGAAAUACUAGACUACCAGUGGUAAGUCUAUUUUUCAAUUGCAAUUUUAGAGAACUGUUUCUUUUAUUCCAAUAAGGUAGAGACAGACAGACAGACAGACACAGACAGACAGACAGACAGUGCAUUCAUUGUUUAAUUCUGUUAUUUCUUUGAAAUCGCUUUUUAUGUGCAUGUAUGUCAGUUUUACAUUGAAAACCGUGUUAUUGCAUGUUUUUCCCUUUGAGAUAAGUAUACAGGAUGCCGAUGGUAGAAGCAGUGAGGUACGUUUGAAGCAAAAUCUUUCCGACGGUUUCACACAGCAGGGUCCCAGACCUAGGAGCUCUAUUCAUCGCCAGCAGGAGGUGAUAUUGCUA